AUGGUCUUGGUUCCCUGUGUCAUAUAUCGAAAAAUCGACCUUCGACUUGACAAUUGGAAAGAUAGGAUUGCUUUGCUUGGGAACGGUGCUGUGGGUGCUGUGGCAUGUAUAUCGCUGUUAUAUGCUCUACCGAAUGCACCGUUAGGAAAUAUUAAUGCUAUCAUUCAAGGUACUCUGUCUGUUUUCACUGCCAUCUUGGCAUGUGUAUUUCUAAAGGAGAUGUCUCGACCGUCCGAACUCGUUGCUUCUUUGCUUAACGCGAUCGGCGUGUUGAUAAUAACCCGGCCCCCAUUUCUCGUUCCCGCUCACGCCGCCCCAAGUAGCAAGGAAACCAUGGCAUAUAUAUUAACUAUUGUUGCUGUUGUUGGUAUAUCAGCAGGUUACGUCAUUGGAAGGUACGUGAGGGGACGUUUACACGUUUUCGCUGUUAUGUUUUACAAUAGUUCGAUUGUGGCCGUUCUGAACUGUGUACUAAUGGUAAUUAUAAGGCCUCCAAGUUGGAGUAUCCCUCCGCGUGCCGCCUCGUUUAUUAUUGGUGUUUGCGUAUCAGGAUUGCUCAGUACGUGGACAAGGUAUAAAAGUCUUCAACUGGAGUCAGCUGCUACAGUAGUACUUUUAUCCAAUGUUCAGAUAAUUAUAUCUUAUCUCGCAGAUAUAUUCAUAUUUCACUACACACUGCAUCCGCUCGACUUUGUUGGGGCUGGUGUGGUUGUGAUGGGUUCGGUGGUCGUAUCCAUCUCAGCAUAUCGUAAGAGAAAACAAGACAAUGACGCAAACGACGAAAACAUCCCAGAUGAAGAAAAGUCAUUGCGUGAAGAAGAGGAGGACGAUGAAUAUUAA